AUGGGAGCUUUCACCACGUACAUCGCCCGUCCACCACGUCCACCAGUUCUCUACCACGUCCACCAGUUCUCUACCACGUACACCACCUCUACCACGUACAUCGCCUCUCUACCACUUCCAUCAGCUUUCUACAACGUACAUCGCCUCUCUACCACGUCCAUCAGCUUUCUACCACGUACAUCGCCUGUCUACCACGUACAUCGCCACUCUACCACGUAUUAUCGCCUCUUUACAACGUCCACCAGCUCUCCACCACAUCCACCAGCUCUGUACCACGUCCACCUCCUCUCCUCUACCACGUGCAUCGCCUGUCUACCACCUACAUCGCCUUUCUACCACGUACACGCCCGUACAUCGUACACCAGCUCUACAACGUACAUCGCCGGUCUACCACGUACACCAGCUGUCUACAACGUACCAGCCUCUACAUCAUUCCUUUGUCUACCACGAACAUCGCCUGUCCACCACGUCUUAGCACCACCCUCUCUACCACGUACAUCUCUCCUGUCGUCCACCAGCCACGAACAUCGCCUCUGUCUACUACGUCCACCUCCUCUACCACGUACAUCGCCUUUCUCCUGCCUGUCUACCACAAACAUCGUCUGUCUACCACGUCCACCAGCUCUCUACCACGAACAUUGCCUGUCUACCACGUCACUACGUAAUUACACCACCUCUCUACCACGUACACCACGUACACCAAUUCUCUACCACGUACACCGACUCUCUACCACGGACAUCGCCUGUCCACCACAUCCACCAGCUCUGUACCACGUCCACCCUCCUCUCUACCACGUACAUCGCAUCUCUCUACCACGUACAUCGCCCUCUACCACGUACAUCGCCCUCUACCACGUCCACCAGCCUCUACCACGUACACCACCUCUUACCACGUCCACCAGCUCUUUACCAUUUCACCACCUCUCUACAACGUACACCACCCUCUACCCUCACACAGCACCACCUCUACGACGUACACCACCUCUAGUAUGUACACACAACCCCUCUAGCACGUACACCACCACCUCUACCACGUACACCACCAUCUCUACCACGUAA